ACUCACCACUGCAUACAUGCAGAACAAGCAGCUUGUGGGGAGUUGGGCUGCUUUUGCUUUGACCAGACUGAAGAGGCAUGGAAAUGACUUGUGGACUUGGUUUUGGGAUCUUGCUGAUUUGCUUAGUUCAAGCAGAACUUGCUGGUUGUUCUUGGGCUAAGGAUGCACAUAGACCCCAGGACAGCAACACAAACUCUGGCUUCCCUCCACCAGAUGGCAAACUGAGAAAAUUCAGCAGCAAUUUCCAAAGCCAACUCAAACAAGACUUCUUCUCUCCUCCCUCAGUCCAGGUCCAGACCAGUAGUUUCAACACUAAGCCUGCAGCGAGAAGUGGUUACGAUAGGAAGCCCUCCACCAGCAGCCUAACACAACCCCCCUCUCAACCGGUUCAAAGCUCUGGGAGGUUGGUGAAAACCACCGUUAGGUCAAAACCAAAGAGCCAGAGCACUUUGCCUGCUCAGCAGAGUCCAAGGGUAAGCCAAAGGGAAGGCUACUCCUUCAGGCCAGCUUCCUACAUGGACGCUUCCUCUUAUUGGCAAAAGGGCUCAUCAGCCACCUUGUUCAGUUCGGUUGGUCCUGGUCCACGUAGUUCUAUUCGGAUGCAGACGUUUGCUAAGGGUCGUGCAAGAAAAGUUCCAUCAGGCCGUGCAUCUCAGGGUGCCAAGGUCAGGAGUUUCUCGCCUCACGCUGCAGCUGGGAGAUUUUAUUCCAGCCCACAGUUCGCUCUAAAAACCGGAGACUACAGGCCAAGGAGUCGGCUCACUGACCUGGCUGGUCCCAGAAGCGGCAGAGAGGGAGAGUCUGCUCUGGGGUUUGCUCCAGCAAUGGUCUAUGACCUUCCAGAACCCUUCGGCGGCUCGGCCAUCAAACGGCUGAAGAGACCUAUUAAGCAGGAGACACCUCCACAGAGGGUACCGCUUUACAAACCUGAACGAACAAGCAGCGAUUCGGGAUAUGACUGGAGCAGGAUAAUGCAGAACCUAGGGCCAAUCCAGAAGCCAUAUUGGAUUGCCACACCAUCACCAUCGUCUGAUGGUGAAUCACAACCAUUCCCCAUCAGACGGCUGAAGAGACCUAUUGAGCAGGAGACACCUCCACAGAGGGUACCGCUUUACAAACCUGAACGAACAAGCAGCGAUUUGGGAUAUGACUGGAGCAGGACGAUGCAGAACCUAGGGCCAGUCCAGAAGCCAUAUUGGAUUGCCACACCAUCACCAUCGUCUAAUGGUGAAUCACAACCAUUCCCCAUCAGACGGCUGAAGAGACCUAUUGAGCAGGAGACACCUCCACAGAGGGUACCGCUUUACAAACCUGAACGAACAAGCAGCGAUUCGGGAUAUGACUGGAGCAGGACGAUGCAGAACCUAGGGCCAGUCCAGAAGCCAUAUUGGAUUGCCACACCAUCACCAUCGUCUGAUGGUGAAUCACAACCAUUCCCCAUCAGACGGCUGAAGAGACCUAUUGAGCAGGAGACACCUCCACAGAGGGUACCGCUUUACAAACCUGAACGAACAAGCAGCGAUUCGGGAUAUGACUGGAGCAGGACGAUGCAGAACCUAGGGCCAGUCCAGAAGCCAUAUUGGAUUGCCACACCAUCACCAUCGUCUGAUGGUGAAUCACAACCAUUCCCCAUCAGACGGCUGAAGAGACCUAUUGAGCAGGAGACACCUCCACAGAGGGUACCGCUUUACAAACCUGAACAAACAAGCAGCCAUUUGGGAUAUGACUGGAGCAGGAUGAAGCAGAACCAAGGGCCAGUCCAGAAGCCAUAUUGGAUUGCCACACCAUGACCUCAGAGGGCAGUGGCGUCCAAUCCUGACCUCCCCAGUGUUCAUCCAGCCUCCAAAUGGUCUAAGUUCAAGCUGCCCUAUAGACACUAAACGUAGUGUCUUCAAUUUUAAAAAUAGUGUACUGAAAUAAAACAAAUGUUUUUUUAAA